GCUCGCCUCAGCGCUCGCCAUGACCUGCACCAUCGAGAAGAUUCUGACGGACGCGAAGACGCUGCUGGAGCGGCUGAAGGAACAUGACACUGCCGCCGAGUCGCUCAUCGACCAGUCCGCUGUCCUGCACCAGCGCGUCGCCGCCAUGAGAGAGGCAGGCGCGGCGUGGGCCGAGAAGGUGAGAGCGGGCGGGGGGCGAGGCCAGGGCACCGCGGCGGAGCGGACCGACCCGUCCCGGCUGCGGCCGCCCGUGCUCCUGUCCCAGGAGAACACGCAGAUCCGUGACCUGCAGCAGGAGAACAGGGAGCUGUGGAUCUCACUGGAGGAGCACCAGGAUGCGUUAGAACUUAUCAUGAGCAAAUACAGAAAGCAGAUGUUACAGCUUUUGCAAGGGAGAAAAGGUGAAAAUGCAGAACCAGUCUUGAAAAUUCAUCAGGCUAAUUCUUUGGAAAUUGAAAGUCAAAUAGACAGAAUAUGUGAGAUGGGAGAGGUGAUGAGGAAAGCUAUGAAUGUCGAUGAUGAGCAAUUCUUUAAAGUUCAGGAAAAACUAGCUCAGUUGGAGCUUGAAAACAAAGAGCUGCGUGAACUGUUGUCAAUCAGCAAAGAGGCUUUUGAGGUGGGGAGAGAAGAUCUGCCUGACUGUGAAGCUUAGGUCACAAAAUAACCUUAUCUCCAAAUCUUGACUUCAGAGACUGUUAUGAAAGUACCCUACAAGGAUGGGUUCUGUUUUGUUCUUCGAGGUGUUUCCUUGUAAGUUUAUCUUUCUGUGGGCUGUUUCCUCUGUGUUUUUCUGAAGUUGCAUACUGUUGAUAGCAAAGGCUUUGCAUUGCUGCUCUGUGUCAGUAAUUGCAGCGUACGUAUGCUUAACAAUGAAGUAUUUGCUGUGUACUCCCUUAUGAUAGUUUAUUUCCUCUCACAUUUGUGGGUUUUAUUUAUGACCUUCAGUUAGUAAUUCCAGCUGUGCAGAUGACACUUAAAUCCACCUUGUUAUUAGCUAGAGAACAUAAUACUGGUCGUGAUUGUCUUAUUUGAUAGAAUAAGCAGGAGAUUAUUCAAAACUACCUUGUAAAUGGUAGGUACACAUUUUGUUCUGCUUGCACAAGGAAGGCAUGUGGAGCUUUUGUUUUGCUCUGGAGAGCCAAUGCUCAGUAUUUGGCUGGCUUAACAUUGUUAUUUGGACAGCUGCUUAAGUGAGAGAACAGCAGAUAGCCAGAAGAGCACUUCAAGUAGUAACUCCUAUAAGGAGCAUAGUUCACCUUGAUUUAGGAGUGGAAAUCAGAGUGGAUCACCCAUUCUGACACCUGGGUGUUUUUGAAGGACACUGCAUAUCUGACUAAUUCUUUUUUAUGGUAGAGCUGUUCCAGCUUUACUAGUGCUCCAAGGUUUGUGGAUGCUGUCUAGCACUGAUCUGAAGGCAGUGCACUCAAACCCUGCACAGAACACAGUGCCUUCAGAUUAGAGGUCCUUGACCUCACACCAGUUUGGACUUCAGGAAGUGAAGUGAGGUGAGUUCUGCCUCAAAACUAAACCAAAACCAACCAUGCGAACAGGUUUUUAGUAUUAUAUCACAGACAAAUCUAGUGACAGAUGUUAUGUAGUUAUUGCAGAAUUCUAUAUUGAGUGAAAUUUAAGAGUUGCAGGGCUUAGUAAUUUAGCAACAUUGUGGUAUUUUUUAAUGACACUUUUAUAUAAAGAUUUAUGUGCUUCUUACCUGUGAUCAAAGAACAAUCUCCAAGAACAGUAACCAUCUUAUUUCCAAUAUUAAAGUUUUAUGCCAUUUUUUCCCUAGUGACAGUUUUGAUAGAUGCAGAAGAUGGUUUACAUUCCUGUGCUUAAUGCAAGUCCUUUUGAUGCAACUGUUUGGAAUACCCAUCAAUAUUGUUUGGUAAAUAAAAGGGAUUUCUGUACAAGAGCAUUCUUGUAUACAUUGACUUUCUAUUAGAAAUUGUUUAAGAGAGAAUAAAAAAAA